UACAAAGCUGCCACAUCAUGGUGUGCCCAAAGGAUCGCGGGGCUGAAGUGAGCUAACUCCACUGUUGACAUUGUAAAUCAUGAAUGAAUGUCAAAGGAUUGCGGAGGACCUGAUUGCCGCUACCGAAUGAAUUGUUUUGGUGUGUCAGUUAUCCGAGGUGACGAUCUUCAGUUAAAGCGAUACUGCCGUAGCCUAAUGUACCGGUGAUAAUCUAUCUGACAGUGCGAGCCUCCCAAUGACAGCUAACCAAGUAAUGGAGCGGAACGUGUGCGUGCUUUUCUUGUUUUGGUAAACGCGAGAUGAAGUCGCCUGGAGUGAAAACUCUGGUGGUUUGUGUAUUUAGGGAAUAUGCAAGGCGCAUGACACCAAAAUGACUUUAUUUUCCCCUUUCGGACUUUAACCCAUCGCUUCAGAAUAUCCAUUACGGAAUGCAACAGAAUCGGUGACCAAGGAUACUGGAAUACUUGCUGGCUGCCCUCUGCUCAAGCAAUAUGCAAUUACAAUUCACCCAAAUUCUUCAUUGUCCUACUGAAGCAACAACGCUGGUCGGGUUAUGAAAUAAAAAUAGUCAUUAUGUCAAGAUUAUUGGAUUUUGUGAGCAUCUCUUUUACUUGCUGCUGUUUGCGUUUCCCUGCAGGCUACCAGUGCCAAUAUUAGUAUUUAAUGACUGCCUAUCUGUUGUUUUUAUGAAGUUUUAGUGGUAUUUAUUUAUCUUCUGACGAGAGAGAAAGAGGACUGUUACAUACAAUAUAUUCCCACCUUCAAUGAUCUUAUACUCAGAGUUUUAAAGUGAUUCUUCUGAUGGAUGAGCAUUAGUCAUAUUGGAGCUAAUAGCAUCCUCUCAUUCACCUCCAUCAAUCAAAAGUUAUUUAUUAUUUAUAGGACACUUGACAGUAAACAGCCAGAACCUUUGUUUUUAUCAUUAAAAACAACGGUUAUUUCACCAUUAGACUAACGUUUUCAAGCUACGGUGAUUGACCUCCGUCUGAGUGCGUGUGUGGAAUGCUGGACAUCAGAAUGAAGGAGGCGUGUCGUAUCUGCGCUCGUGAGCUCUGCGGUAACCAACGGCGGUGGAUCUUCCACCCCGCCUCCAAACUCAACCUCCAAGUGCUUCUGUCCCACGCCCUGGGGCGAGAGCUGACCCGGGACGGGCGCGGCGAAUUUGCCUGCUCCAAGUGUGCCUUCAUACUGGAGCGUAUGUAUAGGUUUGAUACGGUCGUCGCCCGUGUGGAGGCUCUGUCCAUCGAACGUCUGCAGAGGCUGCUUCAGGAGAAACACCGGCUACGGGGUCUCAUCGGAGGCCUCUACCAGAAGACCAACGGGGAGGGUGGUGGUGGAGGGGUCAUUACCAGGCCUGGGGGUACGGGAGGAGGAGUACAGGGGGAAGGUAUAGUGGACAUGUCUGAUCUGACCCAUGCUAAGUACUGUGCUCUGCUCCAGGAGGACUUGGUGUACUCUCUGUAUGAGUCCUGGGCUGAAGAGGGGUUGGAGUUCGGGGGUCACCACCAUCCUCAUCAUGGGCAUCGCUCUCAAUACCCAGGGUCAGAGGUGACGGCUGUAGGGUCACAACGCUGUGGGACAGUCACACCUUCACGUAGGAAGUGCCAAGGGUGCACAGCGUGGCGAGUCGUGGACUCGGACUAUGAGGCUGUGUGUAAAGUACCAAGGAAGUUGGCACGAAGUAUUUCCUGUAGCCCAUCGACGAGGUAUUCGGCCAGUGUGAUUGGAGUAGAAAGAGGUAGAGAAGAGGAGGAAGAGCCAGAGGGGACCCACUCCUCGCUCACACUGAUCCCUGGGUCCAAGCUUCAGUCCCGGGCUUCAGACAGUGACCGUACCCUGGCGGGUCGAGCCAGCUCCAGCCCCUCCAUAGACUCCUGGACAUAGCUGGAGAAUCUACCCGGCUGUCUGCUAUCCAAGACGGGGCCGAGGGGCUAGGGUACCCCCGG